AUGGCUUACAAUCCCAGGCAAGAGUCGGCUUUGAGUUGCGACAAUCCCACACAAGCAGAUGAACCAUCAGAGGUUUCGUCUCUAACAGCUACCGUAACCGAAUCCACCCCUCUUCUUCAGACCCGAUUACCUUCUGAUGCCUGCUCUGAAACCGCCUCUCCGUCCUCCUGCUCCCCUUCCCCAGGCCGCUCUCCUCAAGAGGAAGAUGAAACCGUCAUCAUCCCUCCAACAAACUUGCCUAAUAGUCGCAUUUGGCUCACUCUCGGUGCCACUUAUGUUGGAGUCUUCUUGGGAGCGCUGGAUUCGUCCAUCAUGGCAACGCUCUCAGGGCCUAUUGCGUCCGAGUUUCAGUCGCUUUCCCUCCUCUCAUGGCUCGCCACUGCUUACUUGAUCGCAAAUGCCACAUUUCAGCCGCUAUCAGGUCGGCUAACCGAUAUCAUUGGGCGCGGGCCGGGGCUCGUAUUCAGCAAUGUUAUGUUUGCGCUGGGUAACCUGCUCUGCGGCAUCGCCAAGGGGAAGUGGGGGAUGAUUGUCGGUCGGGUUAUCGGUGGUGUCGGAGGUGGAGGGUUGAUGAGCAUAAGCACGUUUCUGGCGUCGGAUUUGGUGCCUCUCAACAGGAGAGGCGUUGUGCAGGGUGUGGGGAAUAUUGCAUAUGGGUAA